CCUACUUAUAAGGACAUCUUGUGGAUACAACUUGUGUUUCUCCCAUACUGGAUACUCCAGUAUAUAUCUUGGUAUAUACGCUGGGUGUGGAAAUUCUGGAUUAUGAAGGAGGAUUAUGGUGAAGAAGAGAAGUUGUAUAUGAUUCGCAAGUUCAUGGGACUUAGUCAUGGACAGUUUGAAAACCUGGAAGAAAAUAUAAAAAUAGACUACUUAAAGCAAGAACUAUGGAUUAGAGAAAAUUACGAAGCAUGGAAAGCUGAGCGUGAUGCAGAAAUGAAGAUGAAAAUGGCACAGUCAGGCCGAUACAAGUCAUAUCGUCGUUAUAUGAAAGCCAAUGGACCUGGUCGCAUGUACUUUGACGACUCCUAAAUUUAGUACAUAUAAGUAAUAUAUUAUUUUAUAAAUAUAGGGUAACUUUACUGUUAAGUAAUGCCAAGAAUAUUAAUAAUUUUACUGUUACGAAAUAAUGCCAAGGGCAUGCAAAAGCCUUGUAAUGGCUUUAAUGAUGCACUUCAACUGUUGUAUAGAUUAUACAGUAGGUUUGUUAUACUGCAUCACAUAAUAUAAGGUUAUUACUUAGCAUGAAGGAUGCUUCUUUAAUGAUAUGGCAGGUGUAUAGUUAAACUCAAGGUAAAGUUCUUGCAUGGAGUCAUUUGAACUUUUCCAAUUUGAUAGGUUAAGUCUUUGCUUAUUCAAACUUGAUCCUAGUGUUUAUUGUUGCUUAUUAGUUGUAAUAUAUUGUCGAAGAAUGUUACACAACUGUUAUUUAUGUACCAAUAUGUUGUGGGUCAAAGCCACUUGGUAUUUGUGUUAAAUAUUAAGUGCCAUACCUGCAUCUUGAGUUAUCAUCUUCAUAAAAAAUAUAUUUUUAACUCAUCCUUUAGUAUUAUUGGUUGGGCAACAUUGAAUUGUUUCUUUCUGACAAAUACAGGUGCUGUGUAAGGCAAAAGAUCAAUUGUAGACUUGUAUGAAACAGAUAUUUCUUUUCCUUUUUUUAUUAUUGUGAAAAUAAAUGAAGCCAAUCAUUUAUAUUAAUUCAACAUGAUAUUUUGAUUUUUUAGCCCAAAUGCCAUUAAAAACAUGGUUGAAAUCAUUGGUAAUACAGAGAAGAUGCAGAGAGACUAUAAUAACUGUAAUAAUGGUGUCCAUCUUGCCUGUAGUAAAUUACACUGGUCAACACCAAGUUAAACUGUAUUUUCUCAUCAGAGAUUUAAACACAUUUUCUGAACAAUAUUAAAUGCUGAUUCUAAAUGUUAUUUUUUCCCAGCUCUAGUUUUCAAAAAAUGACAAUUUUAUAUUUUGUUUAACAGGAUUUAGGAUGUAAUAAAUUUUUAUAAUUUAA